GACUUGCGCGUUGUCUCCGAUGGCGUCCUCGUCCAGCACAGCAUUCAAGACAUUCUCGCUCACAAAUGACGUGGUUGAAGUCUCGCCACAGGACGAGAUCUACCGCUUCGAUCCCGAGGCGAACCGCACGCUCAACCGCGAGCAGCCAUGGGCGCGUGACCCUCACUACUUCAAAGUAUGCAAGAUUUCCGCCGUUGCAUUGAUCAAGAUGGUGAUCCAUGCACGCUCAGGUGUACCACACGAGAUCAUGGGGCUGAUGCAAGGCAAAGUCAUGGACCGAGCGCUUGUGAUUGUUGACUCGUUCGCGUUGCCCGUGCAAGGAACAGAGACGCGCGUAAAUGCCGCUAAUGAGGCGAACGAGUAUAUGGUGCAGUACAUUCAGGGCAGCGAGCGGGUCUCCCGGCAAGAGAACGCGGUCGGGUGGUAUCACUCGCACCCGGGGUAUGGCUGCUGGCUGUCCGGAAUCGACGUGAACACGCAAAUGACGAACCAGAAGUUCCAGGACCCGUUUGUCGCGGUUGUGAUCGACCCAAACCGUACGAUCUCCGCGGGGAAGGUCGACAUCGGCGCGUUCCGUACCUACCCCGAGUCAUACACACCGCCUGACGCAGGCUCGUCCGAGUACCAGUCGAUCCCCCUCAACAAGAUCGAGGACUUUGGUGUGCACGCAAACCAAUACUACCCGCUCGAGGUACAAGUAUUCAAGAGCAGUUUGGACUCGGAGCUACUUGGGCUGCUGUGGAACAAGUACUGGGUCAACACGCUCAGCCAGAGCGCACUGAUUUCCAACCGAGCAUAUGCGGCAUCCCAGUUGGCUGAUCUGGCACAGAAGUUGACCAAGGCGCAAACAGCCAUCUCGAGCACGAAGGCACCAGCGCCUUCACUCAAAGACGACAAGCAGGCUAGGGUGUGCCACAGUUGUCAAUUGUCAUGCGAUGAUAUACUCACUGUUUUUGAUAUACAGAAGGAAGAAAAGAAGAAAGAGGAUCAGAAUCAGCUACUGAAGAGUGUCCGGGAUAGCGACAAGAUCGCGUCGGAAGGGCAGCAUGGCCUCAUCGCUCAGGUGCUGAAGGACGUCAUCUUCUCUAUGCGUCCACAGGAUGCUGCUCGAAGUGAGGUCUCGGAGAUCAUGGAUACGACCAUGGCCAUCGGUUAAGCAUCCAACAUACACCGUGCCGAGGGGUCUGCAGUUCCGGGAGGGAGCGACGUUGUGUAUAUUAGUGCGUGCCUUGUCUUUGCUAUUGACAAAUUGUCAGAUCACC